AGAAUGACGAAACAUUGAGGAUAACCCUCUCCGACGACACAGAGAUCGAUGAGGAAUACUUUGAGUUUGUGUCCCCAGGGAGCGAACUUCAUGUGGCUUCAUCUUCAGAAGUUACCCCAAAGGAGAUCCAAGCCUUAGCCACCUUCCUCCACCGAUGCCUGCAGAACCAGCCACAAGUCCACGACCGGAUUAUGGGCCUUUUGCGUGAGUCGAGCCAGUCCCCAAAGAUGGCUGAGAUUCUGGGUUUGCUGUCCGCUUCAUCGCAGGUCUCAGCGUCUGCGAGUGAGAGGAAAUGCGACCUCGAGUGGUUCAAAGGUGUGUGUUUUAUUCUUAUUUAUUUUUUUUACUUUAUUCCUACUGUCGUGCCUGUUUCCCUCCAUCCAUUAUCGCUUAUUAUUUAUAUUAUUAUUAUUACUUAUAAUUGUUAUUGUUAUUAUAGAAGCUGCAAGCAGAGUUAUUUUGGUUAUAUUGUUAAUCCAGUCACGAUGAAGCCUGAAACCUUCCAGAAUGAGAAAUCCCUGCGCCAUCCUUCGCCCACACUGACGAAGCUCGUGAAAGGGGCCAAGAGCGAUGAGAUCUGUGGAGGUGAAUGCAAAGGCAUCGUCCUUUCACAGAAGCCACACGAGGACCGCUGUGACCGGGGGAAGAUCUACGUGGAAAAGAAGUACUCUGGUGGCAAAACCAAUGGAUGCGAUGUAAUUGAUGGGAGGCUGGCGACACGAUCUCAUUCUCGGUCUUGUGGCGUGACAGCAUCGACAGACUUCAUCAACACGCGUAGAAGGAAACGCACAAGCAUAGAUGUCCACGGUGUGAGGAGAAGCAAGAGGCUGCGUCUUUUCACCAGGAAAGAGACAUCAAAGAGACAGAAUGCUCAUAAACACCAUCAUGAAAUUUCCAAUACAUACUGA